AUGUCCAAGUCUAGGGAUGAUUCCGAUCGUCAAUACCGCCUUAAUAAUAAUGAUGGUAGCUCGCCUAAACUUUCCAAGAUGCCUAAAGAAAACUUUCGCGUGCCCAAGCAGGAGGUCAAUGCACAAUUUCCGCCAUAUAACCGUCAUUUAUUCCAGCCAAGCGACCAAAACAUUCAUUUUAGCCCCAAAGGGCUUCUUAAUGAACCCCAAUCACAAAAUGCAGCAGGUUCUAUACAAUCUUUGGGUCAAAGUCAUCAUUUCGAACCCUCUUUAAGCGACUCGCAUCCCUGUGAGAGGCUGUUUAAAGAUGAUGAGUUUAACACCAAUAGCAUCCUGUCUGAAAUAUGGGGCCUUCCAUUGGAGUUUUCACCCCCUUAUGUCACCAAAACAAAAGCACAGAACAUCACUUUGGGAAUCUCUCCUCCGCUAUCACCUUUAUCGCAAUCUCUCGAGGCUUCUAUGGAAAAGCAAAAACAAACCAUCACUUUAGGUCCGCCCCCGGGCUUUUUUGCGGGAUCCCCCACUUCAAGCUCACCAAUGCAAAAGGACCAGGCUGAACGACAAAAAUCUCUUGACAUUUACAAAAAGCCCAGUUUAGAUAACAUUUCAAAGGAAACAUAUGCCAUUUCGAAAAUCUUUAUCCCCUUUUCGGGGUUGAAGCCAAAAAUAGAUUACGAGGCCAUUAUAUCUUCAAUUGCCAAAAAGAAGCUCAAAAGCUUCAAUGACGCCUCGAAAAUAAGCGUUGUUAUAAAAUCCGAUUCCCUGAUCAUAGAUUUAUUGGGUGCAUCGAACGGAGAAAUCGCCACGUCUGAAAAAAAUUACAUUGAAAACUCAAAGCCUGUUUUGCAAAGUUGGUUGCACAGUGUUGCGCUUGGAGAGAUGCCGACAGAUUCAAUUUUAUUGGACGUCGCUUCUGCUCGACGAGAAUUGCUAUUUAAGCUAUGCGUCCUCACCACAUCGGAAGUAUUGUUGAACACCGAAGCCUUGCGAAGAUUGGAGAAACUCGGGAUGCAUUAUGUUAAAACCCUUUCAGAGCAGACUUUUGUUAAUAUUCAGAUGCACAGUUUACAAAGCAAACUUGUUUUAUUUGGCGAUCGUGAAGGCAUUGAUUUGGUUAUGUUUUUCUUGCGCCUGUUUUCUGUUGAAAAUGUACAAAAAAUGCCGGAAGAAAAAUCGACAACUUUUGUUCUCCAAAAACCCGUUUAUAGUGCAACGAUUUUAAUUCCAAGAUGUUUCCACUCGCCGAUGAUUGGAAUUGCUGGGGCCCGACUUCAGUCGAUUUUGAAAACAUUUGGCAACGGUUCUGUUCGUGUAUCUUUCCCCAGGUACAUGAGCUCUCCUUCUUGGGAGGUUGUCAUAUCUUCUAGCAUUUACAAUAUUUGCAAAGAGUCCGUUGCAAAUGUCAAACAAGCCCUAAUUGAAUCGUGGAAAUCAAUCGUCACGAUGAGCACUCGCCAACGAUGUUCCUGUGUUGACAGCCCAUACAACUCUGCUGAACUUUGCGCUUCAAGUGAGCCGGCAUCGAUCCCAACCGGGCCCGGCACCCCAGACUGCCCUGGAUUACUAUACUCCCAUCUCCCUCAUAUGGAGAUUUUGAAAGAAAAGGUUACCAUCAAAAACAGGUUCCCAAGCGUGCACCAUUGCGACUUUGCAAGAAUUGUGCGACAAACCGGUGUAAAAAUUGACUUUCUAGAGCGAGAGAGAAAUGAAGAUGGCGGUAAAGAUGGUGAUAAAGAUGGCGGUAAAGAUGGCGGUAAAGAUGGCGGUAAAGAUGGCGGCCAUUUUCAGAGCACCGUUCCUGGCUAUAUUGAAAUCUCUGGGCUGCCAAAAUCACAUUUGCUUCAAGUCGAAUUGAUGCUUUGUUGGAUCAACUCAACCAGAGGCGGAGAGUCCUCCUGA